UGGGGAGCCGGCGAUCGAGGGCGGAGGCAAGGAGGGAGCGACGGCCGCUGGGAGGGGUGCUGGCGCGAGCUCGCGCGCUGUGUAUGGUCUAUCGCAGGCAGCUGACCUUUGAGGAGGAAAUCGCUGCUCUCUGCUCCUUCCUGUAGUAACAGCCGCCACCGCCGCCGCCGUCAAGAGCCGUCAGGAACCGUCAGGAGCCCGGGCCGGGAGCGACAGCCUCAGGCGUUCCGCAGCACCAGGUGAACAGCCAUGGCGGGCUGGAUUCAGGCCCAGCAGCUGCAGGGAGAUGCUCUGCGCCAGAUGCAAGUGCUGUAUGGGCAGCAUUUCCCCAUCGAGGUCCGGCACUACUUGGCCCAGUGGAUCGAGAGUCAGCCCUGGGAUGCCAUUGACUUGGACAAUCCCCAGGACCGAGGCCAGGCCACCCAGCUCCUGGAGGGCCUGGUGCAGGAGCUGCAGAAGAAGGCAGAGCACCAGGUGGGCGAAGAUGGGUUUCUGCUGAAGAUCAAGCUGGGGCACUAUGCCACACAGCUCCAGAACACCUAUGACCGCUGCCCCAUGGAGCUGGUUCGCUGUAUCCGCCACAUUCUGUACAAUGAACAGAGGCUGGUCCGGGAAGCCAACAACUGUAGCUCCCCUGCUGGUGCCCUGGUUGAUACCAUGUCCCAGAAGCACCUUCAGAUCAACCAGACGUUUGAGGAGCUGCGCCUGAUCACACAGGACACGGAGAAUGAGCUGAAGAAGCUGCAGCAGACCCAAGAGUACUUCAUCAUCCAGUAUCAGGAGAGCUUGCGGAUCCAAGCUCAGUUUGCCCAGCUGACCCAGCUGAACCCCCAGGAGCGCAUGAGCCGGGAGACAGCCCUCCAGCAGAAGCAAGUGUCCCUGGAGGCCUGGCUGCAGCGAGAGGCACAGACCCUGCAGCAGUACCGUGUGGAGCUGGCUGAAAAGCACCAGAAAACCCUGCAGCUGCUGAGGAAGCAACAGACCAUCAUCCUGGACGACGAGCUGAUCCAGUGGAAGCGGAGGCAGCAGCUGGCCGGGAACGGGGGGUCCCCCGAGGGCAGCCUGGACGUGCUGCAGUCCUGGUGUGAGAAGUUGGCCGAGAUCAUCUGGCAGAACCGGCAGCAGAUCCGCAGGGCUGAGCACCUGUGCCAGCAGCUGCCCAUCCCAGGCCCCGUGGAGGAGAUGCUGGCCGAGGUCAACGCCACCAUCACAGACAUCAUCUCAGCCCUGGUCACCAGUACAUUCAUCAUCGAGAAGCAACCUCCUCAGGUCCUGAAGACCCAGACCAAGUUCGCAGCCACCGUGCGCCUGCUGGUGGGUGGGAAGCUGAAUGUGCACAUGAACCCCCCGCAGGUGAAGGCGACCAUCAUCAGUGAGCAGCAAGCCAAGUCCCUGCUCAAGAACGAGAACACCCGCAAUGAUUGCAGCGGCGAGAUUCUGAACAACUGCUGUGUCAUGGAGUAUCACCAAGCCACAGGCACCCUCAGCGCCCACUUCAGGAACAUGUCACUGAAAAGAAUCAAGCGUGCCGAUAGGCGUGGUGCGGAGUCCGUGACGGAGGAGAAGUUCACAGUCCUGUUUGAGUCUCAGUUCAGUGUUGGCAGCAAUGAGCUGGUGUUCCAGGUGAAGACCCUGUCUCUCCCUGUGGUAGUCAUCGUUCAUGGCAGCCAGGACCACAAUGCUACUGCCACUGUGCUAUGGGACAAUGCCUUUGCUGAGCCGGGCAGGGUGCCAUUCGCCGUGCCUGACAAGGUGCUGUGGCCGCAGCUGUGUGAGGCGCUCAACAUGAAAUUCAAGGCCGAGGUGCAGAGCAGCCGGGGCCUGACCAAGGAGAACCUAGUGUUCCUGGCACAGAAACUGUUCAACAGCAGCAGCAGCCACCUCGAGGACUACAACAGCAUGUCGGUGUCCUGGUCCCAGUUCAACCGGGAGAACCUGCCAGGCUGGAACUACACUUUCUGGCAGUGGUUUGAUGGGGUGAUGGAGGUCCUAAAGAAGCAUCACAAGCCCCACUGGAAUGAUGGGGCCAUCUUAGGCUUUGUGAAUAAGCAACAGGCCCAUGACCUCCUCAUCAACAAGCCAGAUGGGACCUUCCUAUUGCGCUUCAGCGACUCAGAAAUCGGAGGCAUCACCAUCGCCUGGAAGUUUGACUCCCCCGACCGAAACCUCUGGAAUCUGAAGCCGUUCACCACGAGAGAUUUCUCCAUACGGUCCCUGGCUGACAGGCUGGGGGACCUGAGCUACCUCAUCUAUGUGUUCCCAGACCGACCCAAGGAUGAGGUCUUUGCCAAGUACUACACUCCUGUACUUGCAAAAGCAGUUGAUGGAUACGUGAAGCCUCAGAUCAGACAAGUGGUCCCCGAGUUUAUCAAUGCAUCUGCAGAUGCUGGAGCUAACGCCACCUACAUGGACCAGGCCCCUUCUCCAGUAGUGUGCCCCCAGCCGCAUUACAACAUGUACCCACAGAACCCCGACCCUGUCCUCGACCAAGAUGGAGAAUUUGACCUGGAUGAGACCAUGGAUGUUGCCAGACACGUGGAGGAACUUUUACGACGGCCCAUAGACAGUCUUGACUCCCGCCUCUCCGCACCUGCUGGCCUCUUCACCUCUGCCAGAGGCUCCCUGUCCUGAACGCUGGAACGCCUUGCUUCUCUUGGAAAGCCACCUUUGAUGUGAAGAGCCCAUGUCAGUUGUGACUGUAGUAUCUCUGUAUAUUCCGACAGCUUGGAGUGCAUAUGUGUUGGUGCAGUAAGCAGCGGCAACGCCACCUUGCCUACACAGCUCUGGGUCCGUGGCUAAAGCAGUGGUGCACUUUUUGUUUAGGCCUCCAGGGCCCCGGGUUUAUCAAGAGAGCUGGAUCUAUCAUUCCAGACAAACCUAUUUCCCCCUGUGUACUUUAUCAGUUCAAUGGCUACUGAAGUGAAGUAAUUCUAGAAAAGGAGGCAGGGUUAGGCAAUUAAAUUGGAGUCUCACUACUGAGCUAGAAACUUCAUCUGUAUUGGUGUGUACCUGUCCUCUUGCACAUGUGGUAGCCUAAUCGAUGUUCUCCCUCCAAAGGGAGAGGGGGGUUCACUCUUGGUACACAUUACACUUGAGUGGCUGUGGGCUGCAGACUUUGGGACUACUCCGUGUGCUUAGGCUGCAGCCAUGAACACAGCAGCCCUGGGUUAAUCUGAGUCAGGGCUACCACAACUGAGUAUGUCAGUUCUUGGGUUUUUAUCUUCGAGCCAGUGUGGACAUGAACUUCCAGUCUGAUGGCCUUGUCCACAUUCCCAACAUCCCUUUUCCCCCAUCUAGUAUCCUCAUCCUUCCAUUUGGGCUCAGCUUUCUUGCUUUUGGUUUUUGUUUUGUUAGAUAGGGUUUCCCCAUGUAGCCCAGGCUGGACAUGAAUGAUCCUCUUGCCUCAGCUUCAGGAAUGCUAGGAUUACAGGCAUGUACAACCAUACCUGGCUCUGGUCUUUCUUCAUUUAUUGUUUGCAACCUUGCUUAUUAUCAGAAAGGAGGGGAAUAUUAAAUGUUGGGGAAUAGACAUAGGGAGAAAAAUCUAUGGCACAAGAAAAGCAACAGACAGCAUAGUCUGCAAGGUCAGGCAGAAGCACUCAGUUGGGUCCACUCUGCCGGGAGGUGGAACCUGGAACAGGCCUUGCACUGUUGCAUCAUGGGUUGUGGUCUAGGAAGGCCUCACCAGCUCCUCCCUCUGAGGCUCUAACAAGGCAGCCAGGGCUGGCUGACUAGGAGUCCCUGGUUUUAGUCUUUCUGAAAGGAGCAGAGGCUGAGCAGAAGGAUUUUUUUUUUUAUACAUUGUACAUAGACCUCACAUUUAUGUAAACUGUUUUUGAAUAAAAUUUUUGUUUGUUUUUCUUGUUGUUUUGUAAUUUA